GAAAAAUCUACACACUGCUUGCGUUCAUUUGCGAAAAUAAUUACUUUCUUGAAAAAAAAUGCCCAAUAGGCCAUCUGUCUAAUCACCAUAUCUAUAGUAGCUGAAAAGUUCAUUCAUAUAAACCCUAAUUUUCUUCAUCGUGAAACUGCAAUUUCUAGUCUAAAAGAGGUUCUAAGAAUCUUCCUGAAGAAAAAAUGGCUUAUAAAAAUCUUGUUCCAUGUAUAUAAGGGUUAUUAUCUCUACAGUGGUGAUUGGAAGAAUUAUUGGAGAAGGGUUUUUGCUUGGCGUUUCGUAAAUUUGGGUUUUCGAUAGAAAUGGCAACUUCUCUAGAAAUUGAAGCUGCCAGAAAAAUUCUUGCUGGUACUUCUGCAGAAAUAACCGAGUCUUCUGGAGCGCAAAUGGGCGUUUCUGAUUCUAAACCGGAAGGGAAAUGGGGACCUCGUUCUGAACCGGAAGGGAACCUGGUAAAGCAGGUUAGUUCUUCAGAUUUGAACAGAGACGAUUGUUCAGUUGCAGUUACCAAGCGCGUUGUUGAGACGGAAACUGUUGUGGAGACUAGUUUUGAGAAGUUGGAAUCUGAUAUGGGUGUCGAGAAGGUUGAAGAAAAUGAAGCUGAGAAUAUUAAUAAUAUAUCUAAUGUUGACACGAUUAAUUCUGUUAAUCUUGGAGUUUAUGCUUUUGGUUCUUCUGGUGAUGCUGGCAGGGAGAAAAGGUUUGAAAAUAAAGACGGGGAGGGCUCCAGUGCAGAGAAUGUUGUAGUUUUGGGUGGUGAUUAUGAACAAUUGAAUGGCUCUGUAACUGAUAUGGAUAAAAAUGCAGGACAAAAUGGGGAAGAAGUGAUGAAAGUGGGUGUUGAUGGGAAUACUGAAAUUAUGGUUGCUGAUAUUGAAAAAAUUGAGAAUGAAGAAAGAUUUGUGGGUCAGGAGCAUGGAUUUCAUGUAGGGGAUAUUGUUUGGGGUAAAAUUAGGAGUCAUCCAUGGUGGCCUGGACAGAUUCAUAAUCCAUUGGAUGCUUCUGAAUUUGCUGAGAAGCAUGCUCAUUCUGGUCAGGCUGGUCGUCUCUUGGUGGGCUUUUUUGGGGAUCAUUCUUGUGCUUGGUGCUUGCCAUCUCAGCUAAUACCUUUUGUGGAGAACUUUGAAGAGACGUGGAAAGACAGUAGUUCUAAGAGCUUUCUCAAUGCUGUUCAAAGGGCUGUUGAUGAAGUUGGUAGACUUGUGGAAUCAAAGAUGACAUGUAAAUGUAUACCCAAGAAGCGUAGAGUUGGACUUUCUCGGCCGCUGGUGGCAAAUGUUGGAAUUAAGGAUGGAGUUCUUUCGCCAGAGGUUGAUAUUGGUAGGCUUUCAACUCCUACAUAUGAACCUGCAGAAUUACUUGCAAGAGUGAGAAGCAUUGCAGUAGCUGUUUCUGUUGGCAGUAUGAUAGAGUUUGCGGUUUUGAAGAGUUGGCUUUCUGCCUUUAAUCGCUCAAAAGGUGGUGGGUGUUUGCCUGUAUAUUGUGAACCCCAAGAAAUUGAAGGUCUGGAAGACAAUAGUAAAAAUGUCACUGAAAAUAAAAGUAAGAAUGUGGAUGAGGUCAUGAUUGAUUUUAGUGUUCCAAUUGAAGUCCCUAUUGGUGUACUUGAAGAUGAUUCCCCUGUUUCACCCACAAAAGGUACUGGGAAUUCUGAUGCUCCUUCAAAUGGGAGGAAGCAGAAAAGUGUUGCUGAACUUAUGAAAGAAAACCCAGAAGUUAAGCCCAAAAUUAAGAAGAGAACUACUGUCACAGAAGGAUCAGAUUUGGGCAAGUCCAAAUCUGCCAAGAAGAGGAAGGGUAAUGACAGAGGCGUAGAGGAUAGUGGCAAUGGUGGAGCUUCCUCAACACGGAAGAAGAUUGUUGGGAAGAGGAAUGCUGCGAUUUCUGAAUCCUCCAAAAUCUCAGAGAAUAAGGUUUCGAACGCUGCAAGUGAUGAUGUGGGCAUGGAGAUGAAAAAUGAAGAACCUUUGUUAAGCAGACCAAAGGAAAAUAUUGCUUUUGCUGAGGGAUAUGUCACUGGAGAAGCCGUAGAGGCAUCUGAAACUGUAUCUUCUCCAAGGGAAAGGAAGAAAAGCAAGUACCUAUCUCCCCCUUACACAAACCUAAAUUUGAGGGAAGGAAGCUCAAGCUUUAAGAAGCGAUCAGAAGUUGAAACUGAGAAAAUUACCAAGAUAGCUCGUGUGGAAGAUGUACCUGUGGAGAAAGUGCCUGACAAACAGCAGAAAGGGCUUGACAUAUCUGGUAAUGUGAGCGAGCCAGGCGAGGAUACAGAGAGGACGGCAUUUACUUCUGCAGUGGAUGUUGGUGUUAGUGAUAUGUUAUCUGAGAUUCAGUUUGCAGCUGUUGAUCAUGUUUACUUGACCAAGAAAAGUUAUCUUGAAGUAGUCUCGAAAUUUACUUCUGCAUUCAGGAGUUCAAUCUAUUUACAGGGAUCGAACUACAAAGUUUUUCAUAAAUGCCAAUCAGGUCGGAAAAGAAAGUCACUGCACUCUCAGCGAGAUAAUCUAGAAAAUGAUCUUACUCAGAAAAAGGCCAGAUCUUCUGAGCCGAAAAAUGCCAAGGCCAGGAACCAAAAGCAAGUAGCGAAGUCUGAUACAACCAGGCCCAAGAAAUCUAAUGGGAUUUCUGGCUCAAAAACAAGCGCUGAUAAAGCCAAGAGAAAAGCCUCAAUAACGUCCCUCAUUUUGACAUUUUCCUCUGGAUUCACUUUGCCAUCGAAGGAGGAUAUUGUUCAGCUAUUUGGUAGGUUUGGGAGUCUGAAUGAAACAGAAACUUGUUUGGUGCCUGAUUCUCAUAGUGUGAAGGUUGUCUACAUGAAUGACCGUGAUGCAAAAGUAGCCUUCAGAUCCUCCAUAAACCAAAGUCCGUUUGGCAGCACGAGUGUUAACUAUACACUGCAGCAUUCCUCGGCUGGUUCAACUCCUCAUGGUUCUCGUACAAAGUUCUCAUCUCCCGUUAAGCGAAUCUCCGAGAAGCCGGACACAUCCCAGCAUGCAGAUGGCGACUUGCCUGAUGUUGGCAUCAUCAGGGAGAAACUUGAGACGAUGGAAGCAAUGCUGGAAAACUGCAGUGACAAAAUUUCACCCGAGGACAAAUCAAGCUUGAAGGAUGAGCUUAAAUCCCUCUUGGAGAAGGUAGAAACAUCUGUGGAAAAGGUUAAAAGUGUGGUCGAGAAUACAUCUUCGCAGAAGGAUAAUUUUUAAGUAUGAUGAGGCUAGGUUAAUCUACAGAUUUGACCUGUUCGUGUAGCUUUUCGUUCAUUAGUCUACUUUUGUCGUGAACUAAUGCCAUUUCUCUCUUGGGUUUCCUGUAUGAUAGUAGUUGGAGAAUAAGAGUAUUCUGCUAGUUUGACGCUUGUAUUCGAUUUAUUUCACAAAAAUUCUUCGCGGACCCAUCUCUGAGUCUUCCAGUGAUCCCGGCUAAUAGCUCCCUAUUCGGUUCAUCGAUUGGAAGUUUCUAGGAAUAAAUGUUAUGAAAUGCAGUUUGGCUGAAAUGGCCCGUCUCAGCUUGCACGAGUCUCCAAGAAGGCUCGGGUUUUUGACAAAGCUAGAAAUAGAAAAAAUAUCCCUUCAAAGAUGCAAGGAGCAUCUAUUGCUACAGCUAUUCCCAUCUGCAUCCAAAAGAGCAACAUGAGUGCCAUACUGUUCAAAGGACAGGGUGAGGGUUAUAACAACAUUCCAUAAUCAAUGAGUCAUCUGCAGAUUCUUGAUCUCUCUUGAUUUUAACCCAAAAUUGUCUUAAUGUCAAGAUCAUCUUCUUCAAUAUGUGUGAAGGAAUCAAGAACUUCCAGAAUGGUGGAAUUUUUUUUGUUGCUUAAA